CUGUUACACGAGUUAUUUACGCAAACGAUCUGACCUUCUGUGGCCGUGUAAACGUUCAGCCGGAGUGAAACACUGGAACGAAAUCAGACCUGCAGGGACUUUAUAAAUCAUCUACACUCUUCUACGUUCUUCUAAGUUCCUUCUUUUGAUUUUUGAUUUUUUUUAUGAUCUUGAUUUCUUGUCAUUUAGAAUGUUUUCUUCUGAGUUCUUCCAACUUUCUUAACACUUCUAAACUUUUUCUCCAUCUCAGUGUCUGGUUUCUCACCAACUUCUAAACUUUCCCUGCUUUUUUUUCUGACACUCCUACAAUUUCUGACUCGUGAUCAUAUCUGAACUUUUUCAAAUCUGUCCAACUUUUCUUCAACUGCUUUAGAAAUGCUUCAGGUUUCUCCAAGCCUUGAUUUCUCCAGCCUCGGCUCAGUGGAGCUGCAGAGAGCGAGCCGGUCAGAUGAUUGUCCAAGGCUUCGUUCUCGUUCUCUUUUUGAGACGUCGGAUUCUAAUGAGUCACAAGCAAACAUCCUCAGACCUCGGUCCAGGUCCUUCUAUAUGCUUGAAGAAAAGGAAAACUGCGAAGACCAGCGAGAAUUGAAUGUGGACGCUGACGCUGGGAAAGAAGACCACAGGGGAAACGUUCCCACCAGACCGACACUGAAAAGAUCUACAGCAGGCAAAAAGAAACAUCUAAGUAAAGAUCAUGGAGGUACAAGAAUAAACCCUAAGAACAUCCCGAUGUUGACCAUCACAGAGCCAGACAGCUGGGAGAUCUGCUCCUCUUCUGGCAUGAAAUAUGGUCACUACGUGGACUGGGAGAAAAUUCACCCAGAAGCUGCCUCUCUCUUUCAGAAAGUUCUCCGCAGUGAUCACUCGGAGCUGAAGAAAAUGGCUCGCUCCGGAUUCUGGGUGUUGCAGCACACGCUGCAGGCCAAAUCCUACCAGCACAUCAUCCAACGCAUCGAGUGCAGGUCCAGUGCAGAGGACGCGGAGACGUACCGCUACCUGGCAGCAAAGAUGUUUGAGGAGCAUGGGAGGAGCACACAUCCUUUCCCCAAGUUCAUGAAUGAUGGUGAGAUCCCUCGCUACUGCCUGAACAAAUCUGGACGCAACUCGGUGAAGAAGAUCCUCCUGUGUGUGAGCGAGAACUUCAGAGACAUGACCUUCUGCCCCAUUUUACCGGCUCUGGUGUCUCUGCUGCUUCACUACAGUGAGGACGAGGCUCAGUGCUUCCACAGCAUCUGCUCGCUCAUCAGCUACACUGAUCCACAAAAGCGCUACAUCGAUCAAAACUUUGUUACCACCCACGCGUCCUGCAUGACCUUCGGAGACUUGGCCAACAAGUAUUGCCGAGGAAUCCGUAAGCUGAUCGCCAGCUCACAUCAGAGCCUCUUCGAGUUCUACUCCGACUGGAUCAUGUGGAUCUUUGCAGACCUGCCUUUCAGCUACGCCGUCCGAGUGCUGGAUGUCUACUUGGUCGAGGGCUACAAGGUUCUGUACCGUGUAGCAUUAGCACUCCUCAGCCUCUACAAGGUCUCUGUGAGUUCUCGAGUGGCCCAUGUAGAUGAUUUCAAGCAGGAUAUGAAAAGCUUUGUGGAGAACGUAAACCGUCACAGCAGCGUUGAAGCUUUGCUUGAGAGAGCUUUCAGCAUCCAGCUGCCUACACGCAAGGAGCUGAACUUCCUCUACAACGCUAACAAACAGGCACUAAUUCACAGAGGGAUCGAGCAUAAGAGUACUUAUCAGAGUGUGCAUUUAAGGCAUUUUCGCUCGAGUGUGGUGUGUGAGAUGGAGAUGCGAGUGGUCUGGGCCUGGAUUCCUGAGCGCUUUUCUCUCUUCAGACCAGAACGACUCUACAGCACUGAGGAACAUGGCAGAGAUCUCACAUCCUUUUAUAAGCAUGUUGAAGUCCACGAGCCGACGGUUCUGCUCCUGAAAACUGUGGACGAGGAGGUCUGUGGAGCAUUUCUGUCUUCAGACUGGUCUCUGAGAAGGCACGAGGGGGCAGAGCUACAGUUUUUUGGCACUGGAGAGUGUUUUGUCUUCACGCUGAGGCCAGCGAUGGAGAGAUACCAGAAAACUGUUCUGCACAUUUCAGGGGCGACAGGAACGAGGGAAUCGUCUACAUCUUCCACAUCCGGUUUCUCAGCUUCUACUUCUUGCCAUAAUGAGAUGACAUCAUCUUGCACCGUCUGCCCUGCUGUGACCCCUCGCUUCAUGAGUGGAGAUGACAAUAUGCUGAUUAUUGGUGGAGACGGGGGAAACGCUUUGUGUCUCAGCGCGAGUCUCAGAUCAGGACAGUCUGAACGUUGUGACACUUUUGACAGUCCGGUCCUAUGCAGGGGCAAAUUCAGGAUCCAGAAUCUGGAAGUUUGGGGAAUUCAAUACGAUUCAUUUUAAAGAGUGCACACACACACACACACACACACACACUAAAUGCUAAUUUAUUCUGAACAUGUUUUAUGAUCUGUAAAGGUCGUGUGUAACUUAUUUAUAGAGGUUAUUCGUGUGCAGUGGAAAUUCACUCAGGAGUUUUUAUUUAUAUUUAUUUUCUGCACAACAAAUACAAAUAAAUAAUUGUAAACUCUC